AUGCUGUCCAUCGCCUACGUCACGGACAUACUUGAUCAUGGGCAGACCGGGCCAUUCCUGAAACAUGCCGCUGUGGCGUGUCUGCUGCUGGGGGCGUUCCUCGCCAUCGUGUCGAGGCGGUUGUGGCUGUACCCGAAACCCCUGCCGGGGAUCCCCUACAACGUCGAGGCCACCGGCAACCUGCUGGGCGACAUCCCGUCGCUGGCGCAGUGGCAGAAGACGCACGGCGAGACGCGGCGCUGGUUCCAGGCGCAGUUCCGCAAGCUGAACUCGCCCGUCGUCCAGGUGUUUGUGUACCCGUUCAAGAAGCCCGAGGUCCUGCUGGGCGACCACCGCGAAAUCCGCGACAUCCUCCUCCGGCGCCACCGCGAGUUCGACCGCGGGUCCAAGGAGCCCAACGCGUUCGGCGCCCUGCUCCCGCAGCAGCUGCUCUCGAUCAAGACCCCGACGGCCAAGUUCAAGUUCCACAAGGAGUUGAUGAAGGACCUAAUGCUGCCGCAAUUCUUGAGCACGGUCAACGGUCCCGUGAUCUAUCAAAAGGCCAUGACGCUGGUGGAGCUGUGGAAGGCCAAGGCGCAGAUUGCCCAGCAGAGGCCCUUCGAUGUCAAGCAGGACCUGUACAAGCUGGCGUACGACAUCAUCAUGGCCAUCUCCUUCGGCCUCAGCGACGAGUCAAGCUGCACCAGGACCCAACUCCGCGCCCUCCUCUCCGAGAAAGCGAGCCGUCCAGCGACGACGGAGGGCAGCAGCUAG